AUGGGUAUCUCUGAAACUCUUCCACAACCAGUCGAUGAUUCCUGCGAGCCAAAUUACUCAUAUUCUUGUCCACCAUGUGAGACUUCAUGCGAACCUCCUGAAAAAUCGUGUUCUCCAACAUAUGAACUUCUGAAGCGACCGCCAAAAUGUCCAGAUUCUUAUUCCGCACCAAAUUGUUGUUCAUUACCACCAAGAGUAAAAAAUUUCAGACCAAAAAAGCAUUGCAAACAAUUUUAUCCGGAUUGUUACGAAACCGUUUAUAUGAAGGCGUUCAAGUCUCAUUCUAGAUGUUGUGCACCACCAAGUUGUAUGACUGGAAUCCCAUCACUUUGUGGAGGUUGCAUAACACCAUUGAAUUGUGUAAGUUGCUGCGUUCCUCCAAAUUGUGGAAGCUGUUGUACAACGACAUUGAAUUGUGGAACUUGA